GCAGAGCUCCCAUUCUCCAGUGAUUCCCACACUAGCUGCCUGGAUGGCAGUAAGCUCGGCGCUCUGAUCUGCACCCUCUGAUGGGGUUUCUUGCCUGCGAAGUCAGGGCUGAGGAUCCUGAAGGCAUCGCAGGUUUUGGUUACUGAUUUGGCCUCUUGUAUUUGUGUGACCUAUGACCAAUGAGAGCCAGGACAAGUAGUCUCAACCUAACUGAUGGCUGAUGGAUCAUCAACCAAUGACGGUCAUUAGAAUCCAAGAAGGGAGUUAAAAGAAGACCGAACGCAAGCAGCCAAAGGACAACUGGCAGAAAUGAGAGUGGUACUGGUUUGUGCCCUCCUCUCCCUCUUGCCGUCAUCACAAGCCUGUCCAAAGGAGUGUAGCUGCAAUGGCAACACCAAAGUUGUGGACUGCCAGGGUCGAGGCCUGUAUGACAUCCCUCGACGACUACAUCCAGACACCCAAGAACUGUACCUCCAAGAUAACCGUAUAAGGGGGCUGGGAUCGAUGGCUUUCCGAGAAAUACCGCUUGUUCGUAUUCUCGACCUGUCUAAUAACUCUAUAACGUCAGUUUCACCGACUGCUCUGCUGGGUCUCCGAAGUCUACACCGCCUCAGCCUGGCCCACAACAGCCUCAAAGAGCUGGACAAACGGUUGCUUGGACCUAUCCGUUCCCUUUCACACCUUGACCUCUCGCACAACAGCCUGUGGGGUUUGCCUGGAGCCAUUGGGGACAGUUUGAGGAACCUAAGCCACCUGGGACUAGCGCACAACAGAAUAACAAGAAUGGACCGCUCUUUGUUGGAGGCCCUGACCCGCCUGGACAGCCUCACACUACGAGGCAACCCCUGGAGGUGUGACUGCCAGCUAAUAGGCCUCAAACUCUGGCUGGAGACGUAUCUCUUCAAAGGUGGAGUAGUGGAUGAGGUGCUUUGCUCACAGCCAGAAGAGAUGAAGGACAGAGACCUACAGAAAGUCCCCUACCAGCUCUUUCAUGCAUGCAUGACCACAAGCUACCAUUACCUGUUUGCAAACAUACACCACCUGGAGUCAGAGAGGCUGCUGCGAGGCCACACCCAUGGCAACCAUGCUCAUCCCUCCAGCCACGCUCUCCACGUCCCCAUGGUGAUCGGGGAGGGUUUUGGUGUUGGAGGAGCAGGAGGAGGUGGUGGAGGAGGAGGAGGGAGUUUGCCAGAGUGUGAACCUAAGCAGAGGCCACGGCCUGUCAACCUGCGCCACGCGAUCGCCACAGUGAUCAUCACGGGGGUAGUGUGUGGGAUCGUGUGUCUGAUGAUGCUGGCUGCAGCAGUGUACGGCUGUGCCUACGCCGCGAUCAUGGCCAAAUACCAGCGGGAGCUGAAGAAGAACGAGGAGUUGGCAGCAGCGCGGGGGGCGGAUCACAAGAAAGCUGAUGAGAAGGAACCACUGGAGAAUGCUAUUGCUUAAGAGUCGAUAACAUGAACCCUUGACUUAAAACCUGGGCCUCAACCCUUCAACCUGAUCCUCUCUGAAUGCCAUGUGUGUUUGUGAGUGUGAGAAAAAAGAGAGAGUGAGACUAUUUACAUGUGUGAUUGUUCACCUCCUGUCUGAGACUUGGGUAGCUGACUUCCACAGGUAUUUGACUAUGCACUGAUAAGAGGAGAAUCCUUUUUCUGUAUGCGGGUUCAAAGGACAGGCCAAAGAAUCUAAAAGGAAUCAAUUCCAUUUUUCUGAGAAAUGCAUAUUACAGAUAUGAACAAAAUGCUAUAUAUUUAUAAUAGUGUGUUUGUAGGUCUAAUAGUGAAGCUCUAUGUAGGAAAAAAUAUAUAUCAUUCAGAGUUUGGUUAUCUUUUGAGGUAAUUUUGACAACUCAGAGUAGGCAGCUGCUGUCAGUUAAGUUCUGUCAAGUUUUCUGCAUCCUUAACGUGAGAGAAUGAGACAAAUAACGAGUGUUUGUGUCAGUGUUUUAUCUGUACUCGAGUGCGUGAUUUGGGAGAUGUUUACCGUAUGCACAUAUUUAUAGAGAUUUUAAGAGUUUGUGCCUAAUAACGUGUUAUAGUUUUGAAGAGGGAAAUGUGUUUUCUUAAAGGAUAUUUUUCUGACAUACGAAGAGAAGACGGGAAAUUCGCUGAAGCAAUAAUGAAACAAACUAAAAAGAAAACAACAACAAAACCUGGACUCUGCCUUGUUGUUUUUCUAUGACUCUCCAGGUUAAUACGUCUGAAUUCUCAUCUUGCUGCAAACACCGACAAAAACUUUUAGAUUCGCAGUUUUGGAGUCUGGUUUGUGAUUUCAUGCUGAUUUCUCAUGGUAGUCCUGUGCAUCAGUAUGCAUUCUAUAAAAUAAAAGGGUACAAUGGACCUCAAAUGGAGAAAAUAUUUUUAAAGAGGGUGUUUAGGAAAAUAACACUUUUUUGUAUAUUUAUGUAAGUAUAACAUAAUAUUUACAGUAGAGCCCGACCGAUCAAUCAGUCAGCCGAUAAUAUCGAACGUCAUUAGCAUAUCCAGUGACUAUCAGCAUCAGCUACUUUUGUUGCAGAUAUGCGCCGAUAUUACUUGAUUUAUUACACCAGUCAAAAAGCAUUUUAUUUGAUUUUCAUUGUAUUACACUAGCAGUUCUCUGAGUGAGCGUGCUGUAUGGAUUACAACAAGCAUCAUCACUCUCCAGAGCGUCAAGCGAUACACGUCCAUGCGCAGUUAGUUUACAGUUGAUUGAACAUUUUGUCUUCGUUAUAAAUUUUUCCUGUAAGUGUUUGAAGACUUUAUUUGAAGGAUCAUCAUAAUAAACAUGUAUAUCUAUAUCGAUAUCAAUAUCUACAGAUCAAACAUAGAGAACAUGGAUUUUAGAAAGAUAUCGGCAAAUAUAUCGGUAUCUGAUUUUUCCCUCCCCUAUAUUGAUAUCGGCCCUAACGAUCCAUAUCGGUCGGGUUCUCAUUUACAGUAAACAAUGCAUUCUGCCUACCUAGGGUGACAUUACAUUCCGAAAAAUCAUAUAAGCUAAAGAUAAUUUUGAAAACUUACACUGAUUUCUGUUACCUUGCAACCUUAAAAAAAGGUCAGAGAUGUAUAUACAUAUUUCACCCCAGUGAUGGUCCUGUUGAACUUUUAUCAACAUGGCACCAAUAUAAUAUGGUUCUAAAAAAAAUAUAUUUCCAGCAGGGUAUAAUGAAAAAUAUUUCAUAAAGUUUAUGUGAACUUGUGAUACAGUUUUUUUUUUUUUACCUAUGAUGAUAUAUCCCUUAAACAUGCAGAUGUCUUUUCCCCCCAUUGACUGGUAUAACAAGGGAAGUCUGGGGUAUUACAUAGUAAUCAACGCAGUGAUUGGUUAAUGUGAUUUGUGUCUCCUGUUGGUAAAACAUCACAGAGAAGAUAUUUAGGCCAUAUGGAUUAGAUUCUAAAAAAAUAAUAAAAAUGACUAUGUUCAUUAGAAGCACUGAAUUGUAUUCAUAAUGUAUCAAUAAUGUCCACCUGCAGUGAUAUAUAGCUUAAUCUGUGUAGUCCGGAUACACAUGAAGGAAACAGAUGCCUAUGGUCUUCACGCCUGACCUGAGUCUUACGUCUGUGUGUGUUACUGCAGCCGACUCACGGCACGUGGCUCAGGAUGUGACCACAAACACUGGCACACACGCGCGUGUCUGCACGCACACGUUAACACUGUGACUCCAGAGAUGUCUGCAGGGCCCGUGACGUGUGAUGUCAUCAGCCUGUCCUGUUAAGUUAGUGUAUUAGCGUAUUCACAAGUCUACAGCUCAGUGGAGCGCAGGGCAGUGAAAACUGGCCAUAACCGGCCCACGCUAAAUUUGCAUUCCAGCCUACAUCUCUCCUCCCAUCUGACUCUAUUAUAUAAAAUCAUGCUUACAGACAUCCCCCGAUCUGAUGAGCAUGAUCGUCAUUACUGUUCAUCAGCAGCCAAUGAAGUGAUAAGAUAUUCUUUAGUCAUUCGGUUUUGCUGCUUAACGGGAUUUAAGAGAAUGAUAUUAUCUUACAACACAAGUGAGCACGUAAGCAGGGUCAAACAAAUCUGGGGGCUGGUGUAAACUGUGUGCUGCUUGUGUACCACUGAUACAAAUCUGAUGCAUAAUCUGUGGGUAUGUGUGCAGUGGCACUGCACAGAUUCUCCCAUCUCUGUCCUUCUGCUCCAGUGGUUUCCCCCAGGCCAAGAGUACCCACAAUGCAGUGCUUUCAUGUCAGUGCAUCCAGGCACCGUGAAAUAAUUUUCUCUUUCUGUGCCCUUUUAUAUCUUCUCUCUCAUGUUAUUGCUGCAUUUUCCCCGAGAUCUCCCUCUUUCGCCUUUCACCAGUUUUUCUUUCCUCUGUCCAGGUACAUUUUUAGUUAUUCUCUAAACACAGGCUGUCAUUUGUUGACAGAAGCUGCAACAAAGAUCCUCAACAGAAGUAGGUUUUUUUUUUUAUAUGAAGCAAAAGCUGUGCUUGAAAUUUGCCCUACUUUAGGUGGAGGAUGAAUUGCAAUAUAAAACUCUACAUAGUACUAGAAUUGGAAAAAAACGGAGAGCGAACCUACCAGAAGACAGUAUGUACAUAAAAACCAUUGUGUACCUUUCUGCAUUAAACAUUGUAUCCAA